AUGAACAAUAAUGAAGAAGACUUUCCAGCCUUUAGUGGUUCAUCAAACACUAGACAAAACAAUGCCGGUAAUCAAUUUCAAACACCAAAGAGAACAUCUAGACCUAGAAGAGCUCCAGCUGCACCAUCAACUAACAACCAUCGUAACAUUUUUGACACAUUCAAUGAUGUUCAAGAAGAUCAUUCUUCUCAAGCUGGUUUCACCACUGCUCAAAGCAGUUUCAACUUUAAUGUUACAUCACCAACCAAGAAGGCCAAAAGAUCCAUAUCAGGGAAUAUAAAAACUCAUACAAAUGUUCAAAUGACAGCUGAUGAAGCACUGGCUUACGCCAACCAAAUGGAUCAAAAUGCUUCAAAAAGUGCACAUGUUGAUGAAUUAAAUGAAACAAAUCUUGGUUCAAAUGAAAACACCACAACUGUCUUAGAAGAAGAGUUAAACUUCACUAGUGAAUCAACCAUGGACUCCACUAUGGAGGAUAUUGCUCAACAAUCCACCAAUGAAGACUUAUCUUCAAAAGAUGGUGACAACAUCACCAACAACAAUACCACCAACCAUUCCACCGGUGAUGCUACUGCAUCUAAUUAUCCUGGGAAUGGAAAACCUCCCAAUGAACCCAUAGGAACAUCAAACCCUAGGGAACAUGAACCCACAUUUGAAUCUGAAAAAUCUCAAUCUGAAUUUGAAAAUGAAAAUAAUAAAGAAACCAAUUUAGGAGAAGAGCACAAUGAAACAACCAGCUCCUCUUCAGAUACAAAUAUGUCUUUAUGA